AUGUCAGGACAUUGGCCGUACGUACGAGUCAUGUCAUGUCACGAUGUCAUGUCCGAAUCCUCCAGGCGGCGAGCAAAAUAUUGGCAGGAUUUGGGCAUCCUCCUUCCAAUAAUGCCUCUGCAUCGUGUUGCGUGUGUGCGCCCGCGCGCGCGCGCGCGUGUGUGUGUGUGUGUGUGUGUGCUUGUUGUGUGUGUGUGUGUGUUGUGUGUGUGUGUGUUGCGUAUGCACAGCAUGACUUUUACUGGGCCGAUCCCUUUGAUGAACCCCUUACCUACCCAGUCGGCUGCCCCAUCGGCCUUGGCACCCUUUGCUCGCCACCGAUCCGUCCCUCCCUUGCCAAAUCCUUCACUGUAUAGAUUUCCCUUGCAGGUCUACCAGGGCCGUCUGAGAGAGCUGGCAGAGCAGGUUGCCAAGCAACCGCCAGCGGAGACCUUAGACACAACCCUGCGGAGAUGCAUCGCCUUCAUCUACAAAGUCACGCCGGAAUGGGCUCCUCAUGUUCGCGUUACGGUGUUUGCAGACAACCCGUCUGAACAUCAAACCAAUGUGCCCAUCUAUGAUACCCUUCUGGUCACCUGGGGCCUCGCUGCUGGCUCUGGGUUGGACACGCGCUGUCGCCCAGUGCCUGGGACAGAUGUGAGCGCAGGUCAGGCGAGGGCGAGCCCUUUCUGGACCCGCAGCAUCAACGUUGGCACAUCCAAUGUGCUAUAUCGCGACUUGGUGGGUGCCUUGCUCCAUUGGUUUCUUUCUCUGGCGGACGAUGACCGAAGAAAGCUGCUGCUCGACAACAUGUUACUGCAGCUGCACGAGGCCUGCUAUAACUGCAUUGGGCGCCACAAGGAGGUCUUUGAAUACUGCAUGUACGAUUUGCUUGACGCCGAGGCGAGCACGCCUGCGGCGCCGAAACAGGGUGCCACGGAUUUGGCUGACGACCUCGCCGGUGCAAGGCGUGCCGUGUUAUACCACGCCGCGCGUGUCCUCGACCGCCACAAACGCGAAGCACUACACGGUGCCAUCUUAUCGCCGCUGAAGCUGCUGUACAGAGACGACUACAAGGUGUUCGAGAACCUCGACAGCCACGGCACGUCGUUCUGGUCGACAGUGCUGACUGAGGCCUUCUUCCCGGGCUUGCAGAUGCCCUUCGAGGCCAUCCGGGAGCUGGACUCGGGUUGGUCUUGGGGCGCGGUGGACUUCCUUCCGGUGCUGCAGGGCUCCGCAGCCGGCCGGAGGGUGCUCGACCAUUUCUCGGCGCUGGAGAACUUGGGCCGGGACUGGCACUCGCUGUCCAAGGAGGUGUCCGUACCGCCAGGCGCCAGCUGGCAGGCGCGCAGGCUGCCCGCCCACAGCUUCGUCGCGGCGCUGGCAGAGGCGCGCAGGCCCAGCGGCAGGCUGCGGGAGGCGCUGGAGCCCUACGCUGCGCGCUUCGCCGAGCUCAUGCGCCCCGAGCCGAUGCUGCACCGCUGCGCCCUGGCACUCGUCGGCUCGGAGCGCUGGGGCGCCGAGCUGGGCCCCGCGCUCUCCGCGCUCACGCCGAGGCUUUGGGCGAGGCCCUGGCGCCCGCGCAGGUGCGCGAGCGCCUCUGCGGGGACUGCACCGACGCUGGUGCGCUGGCGGUCGACCUGCGCGUGUGCGGGGCGCUGCUGCGGACCGCUGGCGUCGCCUGGGCCUGAAGGGAGCCAGCCGCGGGGCUCUCGCCGUCGUUGUCCUCGUCUUCGUCGUAACGAGUAG